AUGGCCGUGAGCGCGGCGGCCCCCCCCGCCGCCGAGCCGCUGCCCCGCAGCAUCUUCAAGAAGUUCCUGGUGAUGCUCUGCUCCCUGCUCAUGUCCCUCUACGUCUUCUACUGCCUGGCCGACCGCUGCCAGACGCUGCCCGGGCCCAUCAUCGCCGCGGGCGCCGCCUCGGAGGAGGAGGAGGGCGGCGGCGGAGGGUUGCUGGGGGGCUCGGCCGAGCUGCCCCCCUGGCAGGCGGCAGCGGCGCGGCGCAAGCGGCUCCUGCAGCGGCUGAAGCAGCGGCGGCGAAGGCAGGAGGCGGCGCCGGGCGCGGAGGUGCCGGGCGGGGGCGGCGGGAGCCGGGCCGGCGGCUCGGGCGGCGGGGGAGGCACGGCCGGCACCCUGACCCUGCUGCUGGGCGAGGGCAGCAAGCGGCUGCCGCAGGCCAUCAUCAUCGGCGUCAAGAAAGGGGGGACGCGGGCGCUGCUGGAGUUCCUGCGGGUGCACCCCGACGUGCGCGCCGUGGGCGCAGAGCCCCACUUCUUCGACCGCAACUACGAGCGGGGACUCGCCUGGUACAGGGACCUGAUGCCCAGGACGCUGGAGGGGCAGAUCACCAUGGAGAAGACCCCCAGCUACUUCGUCACCAAGGAGGCCCCAGCCCGCAUCUCCUCCAUGUCCAAGGGCACGAAGCUCAUCGUGGUGGUGCGGGACCCCGUGACCAGAGCCAUCUCGGACUACACCCAGACGCUCUCCAAGAAGCCCGACAUCCCCACCUUUGAGAGCCUGACCUUCAAAAACAGGACUACGGGCCUGAUCGACACCUCGUGGAGCGCCAUCCAGAUUGGCAUCUACGCCAAGCACCUGGAGAACUGGCUCCUCUACUUCCCCAUCGGGCAGAUCCUCUUCGUCAGCGGGGAGAGGCUGAUCAGCGACCCCGCGGGGGAGCUGGGCAGGGUCCAGGACUUUCUGGGCCUCAAGAGGAUCAUCACCGACAAACACUUCUACUUCAACAAAACCAAGGGGUUCCCGUGCCUGAAGAAGGCGGAAGGCAGCAGCAAACCCCACUGCCUGGGGAAGACCAAAGGCAGGACCCACCCCGACAUCGACCAGGAGGUGGUGCAGAGGCUGCGGGACUUCUACCGGCCCUUCAACAUGAAGUUCUACCAGAUGACGGGGCAGGACUUUGGCUGGGACUGAGCCUGAAAAAAAAAAUAAUUUAAGAAAAGGAAAAUAUAAUAUAAUAUAUAUAUUUUUU